GCAGGGGGUCAUGUGUUGUUUGUGCUGUGGCCCGUAGAGAUGUGUACAAGAGGAGAAGGGAAAGCAGUGCUAACAGAGCUAGCUGGAUCCUCCCGAUUAUAGAAACACGGCUGAACGUGGUCAUGUUGCACGCGGUGGGCUUUAUUUCGUGAAAAAAAAAAAAAAAAGCAAAGCUCACGCUGGAGUACCUGCCUCGCCGCUGAGAGGGCAAAAGGGACUAUUUUCUUCAGACGGUACAGCAAAGCCGGUUUGUGAGUGCUGCAAAUCUGAGCCGUGUGUGUGUGUUUGUGAGUCAGUUAGCUGGCCUAGCCGGACUCAGGAGCUCGUCUCCCAAAACAAGAAUGGGGUCUAGGUCCGCUCGGAUUAGCUUGCUGGUAAAGUGACCUUUGAUUGUGUUCUCUGAUGGCAAAUUUCACGAACUAUCAGGAAGGCAAGGCAGCGAUGUUGAUGGUGGAGACACAGCAGAGGGACGUGGGGACGAAACCUGCGGCCGCCACCGCUGCAGCCGCAAACGGAGACGGCUCGGUCGGGGAACCCCCUUCCCCGUUAAUUAAUGUCGGCGGAGGAGCCGGAGGUGGUGGAGGAGGAGGAGGGUCUCGUUUCCACCAUUUACCUCCGUCAAACCACUUCCACCUUAGCCACCACCAGCCGCCAAAGGAUCAACAGCAGCACCAUCACUGUCAGCAGCAGCAGCAGCAGCAUCUUUCUGGGGAAAACAUCGCAGAGUCUCCGGGCAGGAAAGCCACCGCCGCCUCCUCCUCCUCGCCUUUCAGCCAGGUACACACCGCCGAGGACCCCGCCGCUGGCAACAGCCAUGUAUACGCAGCUGUGAACGUCGUAAACACCUCAGACGUGGUGGAUGAUAUACGAAAGUGUGGCUAUUUAAGAAAGCAAAAGCAUGGACACAAAAGGUUUUUCGUGCUGAGGGCUGCCAGCCACCUCGGCCCCAGCCGCCUGGAGUACUACGACAGCGAGAAGAAAUUCAGGAACAGCCUGCGCUCUGCUGCUGCCGCCGCAGCCUCCUCCGCCUCCGCCUCCAGCAGUGGUGGAGCCGUCCUCCCUUCUCCUCCCAAAAGAGUGAUUUACCUCUACCAGUGCUUCACCGUGAACAAAAGGGCGGAUUCCAAAAACAAACACCUCAUUGCCCUUUACACCAAGGAUGAGUACUUUGCCAUUGUGGCUGAGAAUGAGCAGGAGCAGGAGGACUGGUAUGUGGCUAUCAGUGAGCUGAUGAGCGAGGGCAAAAAAGGACACUUAGACUCUGAUGAUUUAGAUGAUGGAUAUGGUACGGUCACCCCUGGUACUGUGUUUAAAGAGGUGUGGCAGGUGAAUGUAAAACCCAAAGGACUGGGUCAAACCAAAAACCUCACAGGUGUUUACCGGCUAUGCCUCUCUACCAAAACCAUUCACCUUGUUAAGUUGAACUCUGAGACGCCCUGUGUCAACUUGCAGCUGAUGAACAUCAGGCGCUGCGGACAUUCAGAAAGCUUCUUUUUCAUCGAGGUGGGCCGCUCCUCCUCCAUCGGGCCUGGGGAGAUAUGGAUGCAGGUGGACGACUCUGUUGUGGCCCAGAACAUGCAUGAGACCAUCCUGGAAACGAUGAAAGCGCUGAAAGCGUUUGCGGAGUUUCGGCCGAGGAGUAAGAGUCAGUCGUCAGGCUCCAAUCACAUGCCUUUUAUCACGACGCGGCGCCACCUGGGCAACCUUCCGCCGAGUCAGACUGGGCUGCAGCGACGGUCGAGGACAGAGUCUGUGGUUGGCACGCCGCCGUCAACUAAAAGUAACAUGGCUAGUGGCUAUCGCUUUCGGACAUCCAGUGAGGGCGAGGGCACAAUGAACCGGCCGUUCCGCUCUGCCACUGGAAGUUUGGUUCACCUAAACACUGCGAGGGCCCAUCACGGUCGUCAGGAUAUGGGCAGCGGUGGUGGCGGCAGCAGUGGGAGCGGCGUCGCCACAGGAAACGCUGGUACAAGCACCGGCAGCGGACGCUAUGUCAGAGCUAUCCCAGGGGCAACAUCCACCUAUCAUGCCCGCUCUGCCUCGUUGCCAGUCUCCCAUUUUCCCUCCACCACUAGCCCCGUGAGCGUCUCCUCCAGCAGCGGCCACGGCUCCGUCUCCGACACGCUCACCCGCCCAUCGAGCGCCUCAAUAUGCGGCUCCCCAUCAGACGGUGGCUUCAACUCGUCAGAUGAGUACGGCUCCAGCCCAGGUGACUUCCGUUACUUCCGGGUGCGGAGCAACACACCAGACUCUCUUGGCAACACCCCACCAAUCAGAGAAGAGAACUGUUUAAAUGAUUACAUGGCCAUGGGCUGGAACCGGGAGGUCUUUGCGGGCUCCGGAAGCAACAGUGGAGCUGACACACCGCGGGAUGAGAGCACGUCAACGACAGAGGAUGAGCGCUUUUCUUCAUCAUCACUGAGGAGGAGGACGCACUCUUUUACCAGACCGACUGGUGGCGCGACCGGAGUGGCAGUCUAUCAGAAAAUGACACAGACUAACUUCUCACUGGAUGAGGGAUCGGAUGUGGUGUUGCCAUUUGGUAGCGGCCUGCUCCGUGGGGGGCCGUCGUCCUCCUCUUCCUCACUGCGCUCUGACUACAGCUCCUGCUCCGAACACAGCCAGCAGAGCCGUCCCUCCACACUCUCCCGAACGGAGGCCGGUUCCGAGCGCCCUCCCCUCUCCUCCUCCGCCAAGGAAGACAGCGGCUAUAUGCCUAUGAUGUGUGGCGUGGCGGUGUCGCCGAGGGACACUCCCCCUGACUACAUGCCUAUGCAACCCAGCUCUUACUCCCACCACAUCUCCCAUUCUCCUCAGUUUCACAGUCCAGCUUUAGCUACACGCUCAGCCCACCAUCAUCACCCCCAGCUCCAAUCCCAAUCCUCCACCGAUUCCCACGGCUACAUGAUGAUGCUCCCGGGGGGCAGUUGCAGCUCCCCUUCCCCAGUGCAGGCCUCUCCCAGCCCUCACAGCAGCUCCAGCCUCAUUGGGGCGUGUGCAAGCGACAGCAUUGCAGAAAGACCCGAGAAUGGGGAAUAUAUGGACAUGUCGUACAGUAGUGGUGGGGGGCGCAAGGUCACAAAUGAAGGGAGCAGCAGAUAUUAUACAACUGGCACACCUGAGAACACCCCAAAGCCUUACAGCCCUUAUUUCUCUCUCCCUCGCUCCUAUAAGGCCCCCAGCAGAGAAAGGGAAGAGAAAGAUAAAGAGUAUGGGGAGUACGUUCCUAUGAGCUCUCCUGCUAAACCAGUCUACUCAUCAGUCGCCACAUCUUCAGUGUCAACACCAGAAAAGAGGGGUGGGGGAGGUAGUAGCACCUCCACUCCCUCUCACCCACCUCCGCCUUAUGGCGCUCACCAUACGACUGCAGCAAUGGCUGACAGCCGUAUUGUGAGGCCCAACCGCCUCCCUUUAGGCCGAAGAAGUUUCCACGGACCGCUGCGAAUUAGUGAGCCUUCAACAGCAUCUGCAGGCACCUUGACUUCAGUCCCUGCCACUGGCAGCUCCUCUGAAGGGCCUUCCAGUCCUGGAGAGUAUAUUAAUAUAGAGUUCGGUGAUCACUACCCUCUCCAGCAAGAGCCACCCGCCUACCCUCACUCUGCCCAAGACGAAGCGCCUUCCCUGGGAUCCGGUGACCACUGUCGCUCCCCUCCUCAGGAUUACAUGAGUGUGGAGGUAGGAGCGGACCAGCAGGAUAGUUCUGGUUGCCUGGGAAAAAACCAGUCACCCAGACCGAGCCUAGUUGCCCCAUGGAACCCACCCAGCUAUAUCCGACCACUGGCUAGCAAUCCCGGAGCGGUGGCCUCCCCUGGAGUGCAGGUCGGAGGUCACUGGAGGCCAGUUGGGGACGACUACACAGACAUGACGUUUAACCUCAGCAGAGGUGACGGGACACAAACGAGCCCUACAGCCAUGCUGCAGCAUCUCUGUGUGAUAGAGGGGCGUUAUGGCCACCCUCCCCACACCACCUCCUCAUCCAUUUCUCCCCCCCUGCCCCCGACGAGCCCAGAUAGGGCGCCAACGCAGCCGAUGGAGCCCAAGGUGGUUCGAGCUGAUCCCCAGGGCAGAAGAAGACACAGCUCAGAGACAUUCUCCUCCACCUCUUCCUCUAAUUCAACGCCUCCUAGUGGAGGUCUUGGCUCCUCGGCCACACACCCCACCCUUGCUAACCCCUUGGCCCCCAACGGAUCUUAUGUAACGGAGGGACAGGCGUCUAGAUGGGCCAGCUCGGCGUCUUUUGACAGUGUGUGGAUGUCUGUGGAGGGUCUGGGUGACUCUCCAGCUCACCACGCCCCGGCAAGAACCACAGAAACGGGCACGGCCUCCAGGACUUCAGCAGCAUCCUCCUCCUCUUCCACGGGGCCCGGAGCCGGCAGAAUGUGCAGGAACAUGUCAGUUGGCUAUCAAAACGGCCUCAACUACAUCGCCUUGGAGCUGAGGGAGGAUGGGAGUAAUACGGGAGCUGUGACGUCGGGAGCAGGUAGCAGCAGUGGGAGCACGGCAUCGGUGGUGGCGGCUGCAGGGGGGAUGGUGCCUCUGCCAGAGAACAGAGCCUACGCCAGUAUAGACUUCACCAAAUCAGACAGCGUCACUGCAACAACCAAGGACUGAGCGACGGAGGUUCAUCGCACGCCGCAGCCCCCCCUCCUCUUCAUCCUCAUCUCUCUGCUCACGGCACUUGACUCAGCCUGUGACCUUUGGCCUCCAACGCCGGUGCCCUCUGACCUUCACUGAGACUGAGAAGCUGCUCCCUUCUGAUCGCAGACAAAAUGUCAAAAACAAACACAAAAAACCGCUUGCAGUUUUAAAAAAAAGUGUUUUUCAUUUUUUGUUUUUCCUCUGUUUUAUAUGCAUAUCGUCCCUUUUUUUUUUCUUUCUUUCUUCUUCUUCUUCUUCUUCUUCUUUAUUUUUUUUAAAUUAACAAAUAAUCCUCCCUCUCUUGACCGACGCUGCCAGCGUGCGCUGCUUCCCCGCCCCCUCUCAGAGACAGUUGGGCUCGUACUUAUUCAACAAACAGAGGGUGAACUUUGGCUGAGGGGCGUCCUUGCAUCUGCACAGAGCCUUUUUAUCAGAUGGUUCUGCUUCUCCAUAUAGUAUUAAAAAAGAAAAAAGGGAAAAUGAAAUUCAAAGGCAUUACGGCACAGACUUGGAUUUUUUUUAUGUUGAUUUGAAUUUAAAUAGUCAUCAUUUAUUAUUAUUAUUAUUAUUAUUACUAUUAUUAUUCUAAUUUCUUUAACCCCUUGUGUAAUCCAUCCUGAAUGCCGUACAGUUAUUACAUAUUGGAUAAAGUGUUUAUUUUUUUAAUUCCUUAACCCCCUUUAAUGGUACAAGCUCGCGGCUGGGCCCGUUUCAGUUUCAGAGUGGCAUUGUACGAGUAUCGCGUUUGAUCCCAGGUACGACGCAGUACCGGCACCCUUUGGAUCAUCAUGUAGCAGGGCGCUUGCGCCUCAGCGACACGUUAGCACCCAUUGCCUGAGCGGGCCUGCUCUAAAGGGCUAAAAUCAGCUGCAGUACUGCGCCAGUGUGGGUUUGUCAGAGUACCAAUGCAACCUUAAAGCAUUACUCCUCAUGUUAUAUAGUGCUGAUUAUUUAUAUGUUAAUGCAGGUACAAAUGUUUCGGUACAUUUCACUUUGUUUGUUCUUCUGACUGAUGGUACUCAGCAGGGCGGGGAAUUGUUAUGGCCACUGGUCGAACACUGCAACAUUUUCGGUGUCAUUUACAAUCCACUCAUUAGAAGUUUGAUAAUCUUAAAAGUGAAGCUACAGCUAGCAGUCGGUUAGCAAAGAGUAGCAUAGAAAGUCAGAACAGGAGCCAACAGGUGUUCAAAAGUAAUUUUACACAAAGUCCAGUUAAAAGAAAUUGUGUUCUGCUCAAACUUUAAAUUUUAAACCCAAUUUCUAUCCAUUUAAUGCUGGCUAGGUGUUUAAAUAUUGCACUACAGAGCACAGAAAGUCACUAAAAUAGCAGUUCUUUUGUUUUACUUGCACAAAAAUGAAAAUGUAUAUCACUAAAAGGCAAAAAACUACACCUAAAAAUAUAAAAGUAUUGUUAAUAUGAGCAAGGCCACAAAUAAAGAUACAGAGAUACAACAGUACAUGCCAUCUUGUUAAAGUGGGCCUGUUAUGCUAAUUUCUGUUUCAGUGUUUUGGUUAAUUGGAUUCUACUAGAGCCACUUAGCAAUAAUCCUUAUUACAUCAUCCUGUUUGAAACAACCCAUUUUAGCUCCCUUUAAACCAACUUUUUCCUGAUGGAUGCCCUUCAGCAGAUAGACGGGACUCCUGUGCCUGAAAUGACUGUAUACGAGAUGUCUUCUCUCUGUGACAUCAAAGAGAGCUAAAAGUAGAAAAAAGCCAUUUUAGUUUGAUUUAAGUAACUUCUGAUUGGGUGCCCCUCUAAUAGGUUUAAGAAGCAAUUAAGUGGGGCUUUUGUCUGGUUUCCAUGGCAUCAUGGAGAGCCAAAAGUGGGAAAAAAGUGUCUGAAACCAGGCGUUUGGAGCAGUCUGAAGCCCGAGCUUUUGACUUUCAAAGAGCUGCAUACACACAGGAUAGAAACCUUGUUCCAUUUAAAAUAAGCAUUCAUCCUCAUAACUGUGUGCAUAUGUGACAGAAAAUAAGAGAAAGCAUAACAGAUCAACUUUGACACAUUAAACCAAAUUGUAAAAGCAGCUUUAGGCCAUUAUGUCAUGACUGUUCCUUAAAGAAUAUAUAAUCGGUUUAAACACAGGCUUUAUCUAUGUGGAUAGGUCUGCUACUUUUUUUGGGUCUUUAUGCUAAGCUAAGCUAACCAGCUGCCUUCACAGAUAUCUGGGUGUUGUUAAUGAACUCUCAGCAAGAAAAUCUGAUUUUGUGGUUAAAAAAACUCGGCUGAAAAAAAACAAAACGACAACAAAAAAACGGGUUUGUUGUUUUUGUUUGUUUGUUUGUUUUCUUCCCCGCCCUGCUGUUUCACUUGGUUCAUCUUCCUCAGUUUUCUGCACAAAUAACUGUUGAGUAGAUCCAAGUAGUUGGUGUUUGUUUGUUUCAUUCAGUUUUACCUCAUGCGGUCCGUAGCACAGUUCAGAUUAGCGAGGGAGAGUGGCGCCAAAGCAAACGCAGACAAACGCUGUGAAAGGUAAAAAGCACAAAGUACAGUAUUGACACACUGAGAUGCAAACACAGGAAUAAUGCACACACACACACGAAAUGCAAGUGAACCAUUUACUGUACUUUGUGAGCAGUGGCAUGUACAUACACACGCAAACCCGUACGUCAAUAAGACGCAUAUCUCGGUCAUGUGCCCCCCUCCACACACAUUCCCUCAUAUUGCAUACAGGCACAGAGGAGUCAUGCAGCCCUUUUUAGUCGAGGGUACCUCCUGCGCGUCUCCGUUUCGGCCCUUUGUGAGCGGCUCUUGAUGACGUGCGGGAUUUUUCUCGCACAUAUGAAUGCUGGGGUGUUCGUCAGCGGCUCCGCGUGACGUAAAGAGGUUUCCAGUAACCGGAGCUCCAGCCCCAGGUGCAGCGCACUGGACAUACUUGCCCUGUGACACCCCAACCCACACACAGUUAUAGUGGCGCACAAAUUGCCUCCUCUUUUUGUUUUGGCACCUUCACACACUAAUACGCGCGUAUUUAGCAUUUAUAGUCGCGCUGCUCUCCCACGAUGUGCUUAAACUCAAAGACUGACAGCUAGACUGGUCCACAGAAUUUCAGUGAUUUCUUUCAGUAUUUAAUGCAAUCAUCCUGAUUUAGUUUUGUUUUUUCUUCUUAUGAUUUUUUUUUCUUUUUUGUUACCCCACCUUUCCUGAUGUUUUGGAAUUUGCUUGUUUAACGAUGCAUCAUCACUGUUAUCCAAGCAGAGCCAGGAGCGAGGGAAGGCGUGUUUGACUUUGGUUUUGAAAGCAGCCUCGACAAGUUUAACUGAAUAAUCUUUGCUCCAAUUUGCUCUCAUUGUCCUGAUACCUGAUGCUGACUUGUAGCUGUUUGACCAUGCAGACUGUGGAAGCUUCUUCUCAAAGAUAAAAACCUGUGCAGGUCCCAUAAAAAAGCUGCUUGCUUUGUUCAGUGAAGUUCUGAAGGGUUUUGUUUCUUAAGCCUUGUUGUAGUCGUCACUAAUAUCAUUUUUUUUUUAAAAAUGCAUUCUAGUUGAUCUUGUUUCACUGAAGGAGUUGUGGUUAAACUUACUUUUCCUCUCAUCUAUUUAAAUGCAGUGAAAUUCUGAAUGGAUAUCAGUGUUUAAAAUAAUUUAAGGUAAUAGGGGUGUGUGAAAAUAUCAACGAAUUUUAAAUGAUUUCUUUGCAAACAGGGAUAAACACAGAAAAACGUGUUUCAUUAAAUGUAAACUUAUUAGGCGAUAGGUCUGGAUCAGUCAGUACAGCUGGUGUAAAGCAGCAUUACAUCUCUCCUACUUCAAGCCUGUUUCUGCUAGUUUCUAGCUGCACAUCUUUUAGUCUAUUAGAGUAGCUUAGCAUGAUUCACAGAUCAAAAUAACAAGCCUUGGUGGAGCCCCUAAUUUCAUCCACUGUCUGACACAACUAGCUUUUGUGUGAUUGGCUGCCCAUCGUGAGCAACUGGAUAGGGCUUCUGGUCUGAGAUGGCUGUAUUCGGCUUCUCUACUCAGUGACAUCACACAGACCCAAGACUAGAGAUGCUGGUUUGCAACGGAGCGUUCCGAGCCGUGUGAAGCUGGCACUGAUCUCAAUAUUUGGAAGUUUGUCGGUGUUCAGUACAAACGAGACAGAGGUCCACUUUAACACGCUCUUUCUGCUAUGCUACGUUUCCAUUUACACGCAGAUAGAAGUGGCCAAAGAUGAAGCGAGUCUUCCACAGUCUGCAAGGAUCCUUCAUAGCAUAGAAUCAGGAGGAUUCAACUUCCUAACAUCCUGCAAUUAGCAAACGUGUCUCGAUUAGCACAAACAUUUAAAAAACCGUGGCCACGCUUUCCCACCACCCCCGGCUCUGUUUUCAGACUCGUGCAAUGAUGAUGACAGACCCCUGAAAAUGAGCACGGUCGGUUUUUCUUUUUUAAACGUGACGUGUCUUAUGUGAAUUUAAGCGAUUUUCUUCGCACCCCCGACCUCCCCCACCCCAUCUUCUCUUUUUGAGUGAACAAAGAGUUAAAUCAGUGGCCCGUUGAGA